AUGUUUCUCCCAACCAAUGCUGAUCCUGGUGAAAAGGAGGCUAUGGAGAUGAAGGGACCGCUGAUGCUUAUCCGAAGAUGCAUGGUUAGUAGGAAGCCGGUGAUUGUGAGCUUGAGAAACAAUAGGAAAGUAAUAGGCUGUGUAGUAGCUUACGAUAGACAUUACAACAUGCUGCUUAUGGAUGCAGUGGAGACAGGAGUUACCGGCAGUAAGAACAAAGGGGCAAAGAAGCGAGGGCGGCAAGUAAAUAGAAGGCUUGGGAGUGUAUUUAUCCGAGGAGACACUGUCAUACUGGUUGCAAGUGGAGCAGGAUCUGCAUCACAUGCAUCCAAGGCAAUUGUUGAGUCGCAGAAUGAAGAUGCGCCGCAGUUGAAGAGUAGCGCUGAACCAGAAUAG